ACUGCCAUCCCAUACGUCAGAGGUUUUGGCAGCCCGUGGGUGAACUAUUUUCUUCAUUGUUGACCUUUCCUAAAUCUUAGGUGUAAUUAUUUCAUCAUUAGACGUACUCUGGCUGUACACUAAUUACCAAAUAUUCAUAUUUCGCCAAAGUCUCGACUAUGGACUCCGAAGAUGAUACAAAGGAUGAUGUGGAUUCUGGGAAUGAGUCCAGUGGAGACGAUGUCGACUUUGCAAUGGACGUUGAGACUCACAGUACAAGGGAACGACAAACGGAGCUUGAGGAAUAUCCAUACGAGGUGUUAUCUACGGAGGAAAUCGUUCAGCACAUGGUUGACUGUAUCAAAGAAGUGAAUACUGUUGUCGAGAUACCUACAACAACUACUCGCAUAUUGUUAAACCAUUUCAAAUGGGACAAAGAGAAGCUCAUGGAACGAUUCUACGAUGGGGACCAGGAUCAGUUGUUCUCCGAAGCUAGAGUCAUAAAUCCAUUUAGAAAACCAGUCAUACAAAGGCCAAAGUUAUUAUUGUUACAGUUACCCAGACGGAUAUCAACAUCAGGAACGGAGGAAUGUGAAAUAUGCUUUUCAGUCUUACCAACUUCGAUGAUGACAGGUCUAGAAUGUGGUCAUAGGUUUUGCACACAAUGCUGGUGUGAAUAUUUAACAACUAAAAUAAUGGAAGAAGGCUUAGGUCAAACGAUAGCGUGCGCGGCGCACGCGUGCGACAUCCUGGUGGACGACGCGACGGUCAUGCGCCUGGUGCGCGAGCCGCGCGUCAAGCUCAAGUACCAGCACAUCAUCACCAACAGCUUCGUAGAGUGCAACCGACUGCUGCGGUGGUGUCCCUCGCCGGACUGCAGUAACGCGAUCAAGGUCGCGUACGUGGAGGCGGCGCCGGUCACCUGCCGCUGCGGCCACACCUUCUGCUUCGCGUGCGGCGAGAACUGGCACGACCCCGUGCGCUGCUGCCUGCUCAGGAAGUGGAUCAAGAAAUGCGACGACGACUCAGAGACGUCCAACUGGAUAGCGGCGAACACAAAGGAGUGCCCGAAAUGCAACGUGACCAUAGAGAAGGACGGCGGCUGCAACCACAUGGUGUGCAAGAACCAGAACUGCAAGGCCGACUUCUGCUGGGUCUGCCUCGGGCCCUGGGAGCCGCACGGCAGCAGCUGGUAUAACUGCAACAGAUACGACGAGGACGAAGCGAAAGCGGCCCGCGACGCGCAGGAGCGCUCGCGUGCAGCGCUGCAGCGCUACCUGUUCUACUGCAACCGGUACAUGAACCACAUGCAGUCGCUGCGCUUCGAGUCCAAGCUCUACGCGUCGGUUAAGGAGAAGAUGGAGGAGAUGCAACAGCACAACAUGAGCUGGAUUGAGGUGCAAUUCCUGAAGAAAGCCGUGGACAUCCUCUGCCAGUGCCGGCAGACGCUGAUGUACACUUACGUGUUUGCGUACUACCUGCGCAAGAACAACCAGUCGGUCAUCUUUGAGGACAACCAGCGCGACCUCGAGUCCGCCACCGAGACUCUCUCCGAGUACCUCGAGCGGGACAUCACUAGCGAGAACCUGGCCGAUAUCAAGCAGAAGGUGCAGGACAAGUACAGAUACUGCGACAGCCGGCGCAAGGUGCUACUGGAGCAUGUGCACGAAGGCUACGAGAAGGACUGCUGGGACUACACAGAGUAAUCGCUCCUGCACCACGCCACCCACACCACACCCGCACCACUCAUACACUCACAAGUAUACGUCGACGACAUGACAGUGUUCGACCGCGGCCCCUCCGAAAGGUUCCGACGAAAACACUCGAAUAUCGACUAUAGGAGCUACAUGACGAUAGACAUGCUUGUCGGGGAUGUUACACAAUUAAAAUGGAUUUAUUCUUAUGCACUCAAAUUAUGUCCUUUAGUAUUCGCUCGUACGAUGAAUGCCAUAUACGCAUAUCGUGAAACUUGCAAAACACUUUGACAAAAGCGCAAUAAAUUCCAUAUAACUAUUCGUACCAUCUGUUUGUGUUUUUUAGGGAAUAUUGUUUUGUUUUAUCUAAUUCAGAUUAUAGGCUUUAAAGGGCCUGAAAAUUAGUAAAUUAGCAUAAUUAGUGAAUGAGAUACUGGUGUAUUGCUUUUUGUAUGAAAUUUCAUGGUGUACUUGAUGUUUUGCAUGUUUUGCGAAUUCUCAUAAGCCCUUGAGAUUUUGCGUUGUUGAUAUUCUUUGUGUGAGCUAUAUUUGGAAUUGACUUGUGUCCCGUUGCGGUCACGUUCUGUCCGCGCAUUCUCAUCCUGUGUGAAUGAACGAUUUAUUUGCAAACAUUAAAUGUACUUCCAAAAUAAUAUGUGCAGGUAUAUUGUAUAGUGUACGAUCUCAUAACGUUAAAAAUGAUUUCUCAAAAAUAUUGUUUCAAACAUUUAAAUACUCAAUGUAUAUUUUUGUUUUGUAAAGAAAUAACUUACUAAACGAUUUAAAUUAACACUAUUUUGUAUCCUGUAUUAUGCUAAUGAAGAAUGAAUCAUUGGUUCAAUUAAUUCGUGAUGUGACAUCAUAUGGUUAGACAUUUCUUUUCUUUAAAAGAGUCAAAAACUUGAGUUUAUGUUUAUGUCAUCUUGACCAUUUGCCUUUCUUAUGGUCGUAAUAAUUCAAAUAAUAUGUUUUCCCUUGUUUUAUUUACAAAAUAGGUAUACAAUUUUAUUAAGAUCAUAUCGUCGUCAUCCGGGGUCAUAAUGAAAAUAAAGGAAAAUUUUUACCUAUAAAGAAAAUUUGUUUCUACAAUUUAUAGCAUUUACAAUUAAUCGAUUCUUUAACUUCUGAUCUUAUUACCACUAUUAAUUAUAAAGAAAUUUUAACGUGAACACGAUAAAUAAUUCUGCACAUACCGAGUGAUGAUACGGCCGGGGUAACCUCACGUGACACGCGUUGCCGUGUGAAUUCUACUCGGCACGGGAAUGACAUCGUUUCGCUUCUUAUACGCCUUAGUUCGUAGUCAUAUUCGUUAUUAUUCCAUAGCAAUAUUGCUUAAAUAAUGUAUAAAUAUAAGGCAAAAUCGGCAGCAAUUAAAUUUUAACGACUGUUUCAGCAUAUUGCCGCAUUGACGAAAAAUCUCACCAGUUUCACUAUACCGUAAAAUGAUGCACACAGGUCCUGUAUUAUAUUAAAUGAAACUCCAAGUAUGAAACUUAACGUAAUCCUAAAUAUUAAAAAUCAAUCUUCUCCGUUUUUUUUAAUUUAAAUCGAAUUUUGAGAAUUGUUUAGUAUUACGACUGCGAAAGGUGAAUCCUUUGAGGCGUGAGUACCAAAUCAGCGGCAUCUCAUAUCUGCAUCGUAUCAUAUCGGCAUCUUUAGAUCUAUGCAUUUUUAUAAAACGACUUUCAAAACCGACCACUAACCACAGCCUGCAGUGUAGUGCGACAGUGCAGUCGCUUUCGAAGGUCAUUUUAUAAAAGUACAGUUGCUAGUCAUCCUACCACAAACGUUCGAUUUUCCUCAAUGAAUUUAAACUUUAUAUCUUUGAAAUAAAGUUUGAAAUUGAUUGAGGAAUUUUGUGGUAGGUUGAGGUGCCGGUGUCAAUUCAUGGACAUAGAAACAAGUGGUUCGUUGCGGUCAAAAACUUGCCUUUGAGAAUUGGGGUUUUACAUCUGCUUCCAUCACAUCUUUGCACCGGUGACGUGACAAAAAAAGAAAGAUCUGGGAUGUCAGAAGCGAAGUAGAAGAAAUAUUAUUGAAGAAUUGGAGUUCUUAUUGGCAUACGAAAUAUCUCUAAUCGUAUAUUAACUUCCCUACGAUUUACGUGAAUUCGUAUGCGAAUUUACGAAUGAUUCAAAAAUAUCUAGAUCCCGUGCUGAGUGGAUUUCCCACGAACGACAACCUUCAUUCAGAUCUCCCGCUACACAACAGCGUUAGUUAGAUAGAGUCCACAUUAUUUUUCGACUGUAACGUUUUAGUUUUAGUUUAUAUAUUUGAUGAUUUUGAUACUUUAAUGUUAAUGUAGCCUCUUGUAAAUCGCUUAGUGUAGUUAAACGUUUUAAACCUCUUGAUGAUGCUUGUUUGAAUCUUCGUAUUACUAUGACCUCAUUUCAUUUGUAUUGUAUAAAACUGUGGUGUAUUUGAGUUCUCAUUGUAUCUGCUUACUUAAAUAUUUUUUCCUUAAAUCGAAUCUUACGAGUCAAAUAGUGGCACAACAUAAUAAAAUAUCGAUUUAUCGGUUAAGAAGAUGCAAGAAAAAUAUUUUUACCAAAAAUCCUAUUUUUGUUAUUAGAGUACUGUUUAACGAUAUAAAGAUUAAUUAAGCUGUUAGUUCAGGAUAUAGUGUGUUUUUUAUUCUGUGAUCGACUUAUAAUUUAAUGCCUCGAAGGCUUUCUCGGUGUUGGUAGAACUAAAUUAUCACUGAACAAUCUAGUGGCCGACUCGACACGCUUGUGUUGUUAAAACUAUAAUUAAAAUGUAAUUUAAAAUUCUCAAUAAAAAUUAACGACUGGUAUUGUAAAGUUGUAUUUACUAACUAAGAGUUAGAGUGUCGAGAGUUGAGUUUUAAAUGAUAGGAUAGUGAUAUGUGGCUAGAAACUUAGACGCGACCUGCCUAGACACCACAAUCGAUGCCAGUUCGUACUUUUGAAGGCCUUUCAAAUCGCCGAAAUCCGCUUAUUGUAUGAUAAUUCUCGCGCUACAUAUCUCUGUCUCUAAUAAUUAUCUAAUAAUAAUAAUUAAUGGUACGGAUUGUGCAUAAGUCGGUUGCACUGCCAGUAAUGUUCUAAAGUACGACGCUUGCGAGCUCACAUAGUGGGCGGCGCCGCGCGGGCGGCACACACACAUUGUACAUAUAGAUGCUGUAUAGAUAUUUAUAUGAUUACGUGUACUUCACAAUACUUGUGUAUUGACGAGCAUCUUGUAUGUGUGCCUAUGCUGAGGACACAGAUGUCUUAAAACUAAGACGGAAAUAAAAAUAGUAACAUCGAGAAGAA